CGCGCCACCGGAGGGCUCCGGCCAUGGCGGGAGCGCGCACGCCCAGCUGAUUAACUUACACGGCACAACACCGGGGCAAACUGUGACGCGGAAACCCAGCGGAUAUUACACUUGAAACAUGUUUGAAUCCGCGAGAAAUUCGAUAAAUGCCAACCACGCUUGGUCGGAGAGCCGAGGGGAGUUAACGGAGAAGAAGCAACCGGUGUCCGAGUCUCCUCCGGUUACAGGAAACCGUGUCACGGCGAAGAAGAAGAGGAAAAGGAAGAAACGACAAGAAAGUGAGAAAAGCUCCGUCUCAGCGCCCCAGCUCCUCUGCCCCGAGGAAACCCUUUCGGUUCACGGAAGAAAGGAAAAGUCCGGUAACGGAAGCGAGCCGAUUGUAAGGGGAAUCUUUCAGAUCGGGAAGAAGAGCCACGACGUGAUUCUCACGGCCACUCGGGUCACGUGGACGCGCAUCCAGCCCGAGAGCCCUACAGGAGAGUCUUCACACAAGAAGCCCAUAGAGGACUUUGUGGAGCUGAAGGACGUGUUUGCGGUGAAGGUGAAGCGGCGACGUUCGGCCGGUCAGCAGAGCGGCGGCACGCUGCUUGGCAUCACGUUGUUCUUCUGCAAACGCAAAGGAGCUAAACUCAAAGACGACACCAUCCACCUGGACAACCUGAGCGUGGAUCACUGCGAAAUCUGGUUCAAACAUCUCAAAGACAUCCUCAGCGGUUUUAAGCAUCGUCCCAAGUCUCUGAAGGUCUUUGUGAACCCGAUAAGCCAUAAGAAAGAUGCGUACCAAAUCUACAAGGACCGGGUAGCUCCACUGUUUAAGCUCGCCGAUGUACAGACUGACGUCACUGUAACUGAGAGAAAAGGCCAUGCUCUGUCCAUCCUGAUGGAGUGCAGCCUGGACGAGUAUGAUGGGGUGGUGUGUGUAGGUGGAGACGGAUCUGUAGCUGAAGUUGUUCAGGGUUUAUUGCUCCGAGCGCAGAUGGAUGCUGAGAGGGACACACUCUCUGCCUUCACGCCCGUCCCAGCAUCACUUCCUCUAGGUGUGAUACCAGCAGGUUCAGCCAAUGUUGUUGCGUGCUCCGUCCAUGGUGUGAAACAUCCUGUAACUGCAGCACUGCACAUCAUCCUGGGUCACAGACAGCCAGUCGAUGUGUGCAGCUUGAGCUCGAUGGGUGUGCUGCAGCAGUUCGGGUUUUGUGUGAUGGUGGGUUUUGGUGGUCAAGCUCUAGCUGUGGCAGAAAGACUGAACUGGAUCCCGCCCACACAGAGACAUGAACUCGCCCUCAUCACUGCACUCGCUCAGCUCAGACCUGAAGACUGUGAGUUGUCCUUUAUACCCAGCAGCACUGAAAAAUCAGAUCACACCCAGAGUGAGCUGGAGGAGCACUUGAGUGACGUUGAAGAUGCUGACUGGCAGGUCCGCAGAGGCCUUUAUCUCAGCUUGACCAUCACGUCCAUCCCCUGCUUGUGCUCUGUGGCUCCUAAAGGCCUCGCACCAUUCACCAGGCUGAACAACAACAGCAUGGCGCUCACAGCUGUAGCAAACACUUCCAGGUCAGAGUUCAUCAAGCACCUGAAACGCUACAGCAGCUCUAAUAAUCCGUUCAGUUUCUCGUUCGUGGAGGUGCAGCGUGUGCGGGCGGUGAAGCUGAGGCCGUGCUCUCACCGUGACGACCAGCGGCGUGAUUCCAAACACACUCCCAUCAUCCCCUCUGAGGGAACUCUAACCUGGAACGUCGACGGAGAGCUGCUGGAGGCGCAGGGGGAAGUGCUCAUCCGGGUUCAUCCUAAACUCCUCGAACUGUUCGGCACAGACGUCGAGGAAGCCGAGGAGCCGCCAGUUAACUGCAGCUGCAUUUAAUCAUCUGCAUCGUGUUCCACUCAGAGUAGCUCCCUAGAGCGAGUGAAUCAGAAGCAGCUGGAGGAGAGAAAAGCCCUGGUUCAGUGCUGCUGUUCAUCUGAGCUGCUCGUCUCUAAUGGGAAUUAAACAGAGCAAUGACAUCAUUUGGGGUGAUUCCUGCUCUGUCUCAGCAGGUUGAGGCUUAAUGAGGCCACCCAAGACCACAAAUCCUGACCUGAAUCUUGUGUUCACAGAACAGACCGCUAAUUACCAAAAGAAAGCCAUGUUUUUUAAAGGAUGAAAUCUAUCUUUAUGAGUUUUUCUAAAAAAAAUUUCUGAAAUAGGUUUGAAGUUUUCUACAGCAGUCACCAGCAGUGACCAGUGGUCUUUAUCUGAAAAGAUUAAAUAUAGAUAAAUAGCAAAUUAAAGGUUAAUAAGAACGUCUUUGAGUUUGUACUUAGCUUAUAUGAGAGACACAGUAAUCAGACUUAAUUAAACAGGUCUUGGUCUAUCACACACCUGAAAAAAAUAGUGCUUUUCUCAUCGCUUUGUAACAAAGUUGUACUCUUUUUCAAGAACUAGCUGUACUUGGGGGCGGAGCUACCAGUACUCCAAUUUAAUAACUGGUUAAUCACACAAUGUAUAUAAAAGUCUUAAAAAAAUCAUGUACAAAUAUUCUUUAAUUGCCCACAAUAUACA